UCUUCCAUUUGGUCCAACUCCGAACACGACCCUUCAUACAUAAAUUGAAAUCCACACGAUCAAUAAUCAUUCUCGCAUUGCUACUGUUCGGAUUUUCGAUAUUCAGUAAUACGUAUUUGCUUGAUUUCGGAAUUUGGAUCGGCGAUGGCGGAACAGGAGGAGAUAUCGGAUCCUAGAACUGAGUCGUUCACUGACAAAAUCUCCGAUAGGGUUCACGGCGACGGCGACGUCCACACGAGUUCUUCUUCAUCCUCAUCUGACUCGGAUCACGACGAUGACAACAGAGCAUCGGAAUCUUCCGCCAAGGAGAAUAAUGAGUUCCGCCGUGAAAAGCCGGUCCACAAGGUUUUUGGUGGUGGCAUGUCUGCUGAUGUGUUCUUGUGGAGGAACAAGAACAUAUCUGCCUCGCUGCUUGGUGUAGCAACAGCAGCCUGGGUGUUUUUCGAGUUACUUGAAUACCAUUUACUCACUCUGGUCUGUCACAUUGGAAUCCUCAUGCUGUCUCUUUCGUUCUUAUGGUCUAAUGCAUCAGUUUUCAUCAACAAGCUGUCUCCCCAUAUUCCAGAAGUGCGCCUCCCCCAGGAACCGUUUGUGGAGAUUACCUCAGGUCUCGUUUCUGAGAUCAAUCAUGUAUUCGCAGAGUUGAGAGAAAUCUCAUCUGGCAGAAAUCUUAAGAAAUUCCUUAAGCAGGUUGUAUUUGGUCUUUGGUUUUUCUCGAUUGUUGGCAGCUGCUGCAGCUUCUUGACAUUGUCUUACAUAAUAUUUGUUUCGUUCCACACUCUGCCUGUUUUGUACGAGAAGUACGGUCAUAGGAUUGAUCCAUAUAGUCAGAAAGCAAUGCACGGGAUCCGAAAGCCAUAUGCGGUGUUCGAUAGCAAAAUCUUGAGCAAGAUGCCCAAGAGAGCACUAGCCAAGAAACGAGCUUAGGGGGAUUCGUGACAUAGUAACAUGGUGAAAUUAGAGCAUAUGGUUUUUGCUUUACCUUAUGGCUUCCGUCUCAAUUUGCAUUCUUCAAAAGUUGAAGUUCGUUUGAACCAAAAUUGUUGAAUUGUGUACAACAUUAUAGUAUUUAAAUUAAUGUUUCUUUCGUUAA